AACAUAAAAUGAACGGAAGGAGUAAUAAAAACAAAACAAAACAAAAAUGAGUAGUCUGAAUUGAGUUUUUAUUUAAAGGGAGUCCAACAUUACAUAAAACAAAAAUAAAAUUCCCUCUUUGUUCUCAUUUUAAUUCUUCACAUUCUUGAUUUUGUUUCCUAAUAAUUCCCACAUUAUACAGAUACUACCUGUACCUUCCUUCUCUAAUUUUCUGCUUUCUUCCUUCUUUUUUUUUUUGCCCCUGAAAUAAAAUAAUCUGUAAAGACUUGAUUUUUAUUUUUUGGAGAGAAAAAACCAAACAUGCCUUAUUGUGAGGUAGGCAAAUAUCAAAAUGAUGUAGAUGCAAAUUGCAACAAUGGAACCAAGAUUUUUUAUAGAACUUAUGGUCAAGGCCCUAUCAAAGUUCUCUUGAUUAUUGGAUUGGCUGGGACGCAUAAUUCAUGGGACCCACAGAUCAAGGCGCUUGCCGGAACGAUUACGCCGAAUGAUGCUGAAUCGCCGGCCAGUGAUCGGAGCUCCGGUGAAGGUGGUGGGGGUGUGGAGGUAUGUGCUUUUGAUAAUCGUGGAAUGGGUUUAAGCUCUGUGCCAACUAAAAAAUCAGAAUAUACCACUAGCAUUAUGGCAAAAGAUGCAAUUGCUGUAAUGGAUCACUUGGGGUGGGAAAAAGCGCACAUCUUUGGCCAUUCAAUGGGAGCUAUGAUAGCUUGCAAAUUGGCUGCAAUGGUGCCUGAGAGAGUUUUAUCUUUGGCUUUACUGAAUGUCACUGGAGGAGGCUAUGAAUGCAUACCUAGGAUCGAUCGUCAAACUCUAUCAAUUGCUGUCCGGUUUUUGAAGGCAAAAACUCCAGAACAGAGGGCUGCUGUUGAUUUAGACACCCACUAUUCAAAGGAAUACCUCGAGGAAGAUGUGGGAACUACGACCCGAAGAGCAGUAUUAUAUCAAGAAUAUGUGAAAGGCAUAUCAGCAUCCGGUAUGCAGUCAAAUUGUGGAUUUGAUGGACAGAUAAAUGCUUGUUGGUCUCAUAAGUUAUCACGGGCUGAUCUUGAAUCUAUCUGCUCUGCUGGAUUCCUAAUUUCUGUUAUUCAUGGCAGGCAUGAUGUUAUUGCUCAGUUAGGCCAUGCAAAGAGGCUUGCGAAGAAGUUAUAUCCUUACGCUAGAAUGGUAGAGCUUCCUGGAGGACAUCUUGUUAGUCAUGAAAGGACAGAAGAGGUCAAUGACGCACUUCUUGAGUUGAUCAAGGCAUCCACGAGUAAGAUUAGCCUGUAUGACUGGACAAAUUUGCCCAAGAAAACCUCUGGAUGGAAUAUGACUCCACUUUCAAGAAAAAGUUCUCCAGAAGGAAGCAGAUCGUCUGUCGUGGUCGACAUUGUAGGGAGUCUACAGAUGUUCUUGAUGUUCUUUUUUGGUUUGUUUAUGUUGGCAUAUGAGUUCAUGCGAAGAGGUGUAAGUCGUCUAAACCCAGUCAGAGUAAACGCGGCCCUCACAUGAACCUAUGAUGGCAAAUUCCAGUCCACGCAUUUCAUAUACAUGAAUCACAAUACACAAGGGAAAGGAGGAAAGGAUGGAAAUGCGAAGCUGCACUGUGCUUACAAAAUGACCAGAACAAGCCAUUACAGCCCUUGCCGCCUUUUAUUUUAGAGUUGGUUAAGGGGGGGCCAUGGGACAUUUUCUGAAUUACGUUGUAUCGAUGAUUACAGAUCAUUUUUCUUUUCCUAAUGACGAUUAUCCUCAUUUUUAAUGAAUCAAACAAGAGCCCUGCAGUCUUCUGACUUUCAUUGAACUAA